AGGACGGAAGUCUUUAAGCUGGCAGAGAGGCUCUGUGUGGACAACUACGCGCUGUCUCAUCAGGAACUGAUUGGCGCUUUUGAUGAGAUUUGGACUGCCAUGGACAGCUCCAACGAUGGAAAGGUCUCCUUCGAAGAGUUCUGCGACGCUCUCGCAGGUGGAGAAGGUCGGAGCGCUUCGAAAAACUUUGGACCUUUGAGUCUCCGAGCCGGGGAGUUGGCCUCAAAGAGCUUCCUGGAAGGACACGAUGAGGAGGAUGACCAGGCCUCAAAGGCCCGGUUGUGGAAUCUCCUUCAUGAAGACAUCCAAGCACAAGUUGGAGGAGGUUCUAACAGCUCACCCUUGACCUUGCAGUGGAAGCUGCUACGCGCUUUGCGAAACUACAGCGAUGCCAAGGAGUGGUGGGAGAGCACCUUGCGUCCGGAGGUGGCACCGGACGCUCAUUGGGAGAUCGAGCCCGAUCGCCCUGUGCUGUCGGCUCGGGAGCUCAUGUUUGCGGCCUUGUCCGACUCGGGUCAAAUCCAACAGAUCACCGAGGAGAAGACAGCCACUGCACAGAGCCGGCGCACCGGCCCACGACAUCGCAGCGGACUCAAGCUGCGGAUGGCCUGCGAUGGCUUCAGGCUGAACCUGGAGGACCCACUCAGCCAGCUGCGGGGUCAACAUCGCUUGAGUUUGGGCGCAGCUUCGGACAGUGACGACUCGAAGGCCUUUGAUUUGGAGCUGACCUAUUGGCAUGCCACAGGACAUCGACACCUGUCCUUUGAGGACCAGCUGAAAGCAACCAUUGUGGUACGAGGCUUCUUUAGCAGUUGCAUGAACCCUUGCCAUCACCAUCCCGAGUUUAUCAUGGAAUCCUGGGGCUUCAAUGUGUGCGUGGACAGCCCCGCAGGUGUCAAGGCUUUAACCUGCCGCUUCAUCGCGGAUUGCCACUUCGUGAUGAACGUCACCUCUUCCUUGCUGCUGGGUGUGAAGCCGAUCGUGCGAACGCUGAUGCCUCCGGAGGAUCCGGAUGCGUUCAGAGGUGACAUCUCUCAAAGUGCCGGAGGUACAGCACCCCUGGCGCAUUUAUUGCAGGGCCUGAGACGUUUGACGCAAGAGAAGCUCCAAGAGUUCAAGCUGAUCCUGAAUGAUCCUGAUGCAGCUGGGGUCGGUACCAAAGUGCCUGGUGAAGAGAUUGUUCAAGUGAGCACUGGCCCUCCAAGAGGCCUUGAUCGACGUGGCUCCAACAAAGCGAAAUGGAUGAUACCCUUUGAGCUGAACUCUGCCAAAAACUUGGCGCGGAUCAUGCUGCCUGCUGGUUGGCAUGUCACAGAGCUUCACCAAACUGACAUGUUGCAGUUCGAACUCUUCGUGGAAGCUGAAGCGCGCAGCGAUCCGCCAGAGCCAUCUGAGAUUGUAGUUUGGUCCGUCGACACUGCUUCUGCUGGCGCAUCUGCAGGAACGCUUGCACAGGACCAAGAAAGCAAUCACAGCCCUACCAGCAGAACGGAGGAGGAUUCACCAGAAACGCGAAGCUGCCAAAGCAGCAGGACUUUGCAAGUACUAAACCGCUGCGGGGUGCCUGGCGAGGUUUGGUUUGAAAGAGGUUCAAAGCAACGCAUUGGACCUGUGGAGGUUCUAGAGGCAGAUGGUCAGCCCAGCACGGUGGUGGUUCCGGAUGUGAGAUGCAGCCUUUGCGUGGGAGUGACCGAAGUGAGUGUCUACAAGAGCGCAGAGGCCCGUCCAGAUCUCAGCAGCUUCGGCCGCUGCGGUGCGCCCAUCAAGGCGCUGCAGGGCAUCAUGUCCAGCCGUGGCGCCGAGCGCGGCGCCGAGCGCGGCGAGGUGCAAAGCUGCCUAACUGCUUCCUUGUCCAUCGGCCCGCAAGGUCAAGCGCUUCUGGAACUGCUGCCCCCCUUGGAGCUGCAGAAUGGUACACAGUUGCCUCUCCACCUCCAUUUGCAUCCGCCCUACGGAAACCACGCCGUGGCAGCUCAAAUGGGCAUCUUCGGAUUGACGCGCGCCUCGGCGGCCUGGGCAGCUCCCAACCUGGAGCCAAAGGUGGCCAUCGUCCCGCCAGGCGGCACCUUCCAGGUUCCGCUCCACAUGCUGCAGAAAGUGAACACCGAGUCUCAUGGAUUUGGACAACACUUUUGGCAGGUGCUUGCAGAAGCCAUACCACCCAAGAAGAAUCAUUGCUCAUUGGCCUUCGCUUUCCCGUUAGGUGGCUCCAUCCUCCGCUCCGGACGAGAGGAGUUGGAGCUGCGGCGCUCCUUGGGCUUGGCCUUGGAGACCACCAGUAUCACAGGCUCCGGUCCAGAGAAGACCACCUUGCAGCGCUUUACGCUCCUGCUUCUUCCUGGCUUGCGGGUGGUCAACUCCUUGCCCGUGAAGUUGUUGGUCGUCUUGCAGCGGGAGAAGAUACGGGAUGAACAUUGCGACGUGGAACCGGGAGGCACCGCCGACUUCGGGCGAUCGCCCUUCGGUGGCAAGCUGCUCCUGGCUGUGGAGGGUGAAGAGCCACAGGUCCUGGAUUUGCCGGCCGAAGCGUUAAGUGACCGCUCCAAGUUCAAGGAGCUGAAGAUGGACCAGUUGAGGCUUUCUUCCAACAUGAGCUGCUCCCUUCACUGUUCCUGGCAAGCUGGACAAAGUCCUGAGAUGGUGAUUACUGGAAAGUGCCUUCUGUUCAACAAGACCGGCUUGACGCUUCAAGUCGCUGAACGUGUCGAACGUGACUCUGCACAACAGCCAGCGGCGCAGCUCUGCCCCGGUGGAGCCGCUGUUUUGGGCACCGAGGCAGAAGUGUGCAUUGGCCUCGGACUCCAGCAGGUGGUUUCGCGGAGCUCUCGAGACCAUCCGGAAAAGUCACAACAACUGGAGCUUCGUGGCUUUGCAGACGUGCAAGAUGCUGAGCGGCUCUUUUGUUGGCGCAGUGUUUCAGUGAGGCUCUCGCAGGGAAGACUGCAACUGAAGCGCCAGCGCGAGGCCUCCGAGGUGGAUGGCUUGGAGCAGCAAGCAAUCCUGUGGCCUUUGAGUCGCUAUUGCCGCUGCAUGGCGGCCGAGCCACAGAAUACUGGGGGCGUGAAGGAUUGUUUCAGCUUGGAGGAUCCCAGCCGAGGACAAUCCCUGGUGUUCCACGCGCCCGACAGUGCGACACAAAGAGAGUGGCUCAUGGAGUUGCAACGAAGCGUGCAGAUCCUGCAAGAAGAGGACGAGAUUACCAAAGGUUGGGACAAGGACGGUGGCGCUUGCCGUCGUGGAAAGGUCCCAGAUGAGCUUUGGGAGACUUGGUGCACCAGUGGCGUCCCGAUCAUGGCGAUCGGCGAAGGUGAGUUGAUGGUGACCGCUGGCAGCAGUGAGUCGCCCAGCGUAAUGUUCCUCGGGGUUCAGGUGCACGCUGUCUUGGGCAUCCCGCGCUUCCCCGGCAAGGGCGUCACCGUCACGCCACGCUUCAUCCUUCGCAAUGCAAGUGAAAGCUUCGUUCAAGUCAUGCCUGGACUGUUGCCGAAUAAGAAGAGUGGGGAUGAGCCAGCAGUGACCAACCGAGUAGAGGAGAUCAUCAAAGAGUUCUCAGGCCCCGACACCAUGGAUAUCAUGGAGUUCAUCGCCAGGGAUCCCAUCGCGGACCAGGCGGUGUGGAUUCCGCCAGGUGAGAGCCUGGCCAUUUUCCACUUCCCGUUGCGCUGCCAGGCAUCAGAAGUGAGCCAAGCGCGAAAGGCUGUGGCCUUACGGCUCCCAGGGCGUGAGCCCUUGCAGUUGAUUCAUGUCGAAGCAAAGGGCCCCUUGCAGCUGCAGCAAGUCCUCACAUCAGGAGUGAUCCCCUAUAAGGAUCAUCCCUGGCAAUCUGGACGUUUGCCUCCACGCAUGAGGAUGUUGGCGCAGGAAGGGCGCCUCAUGUGCCUGCGCUGGAAAUAUCUCAAGGACUUCCAACUGGGGGACCUCAUUCUCACAUCUGCCUGUGAGAUGUUCAUCGGACUGCCGAUCUCUGAGCUCGGAGCAGAGUGGCUAAGGAAAGAGCCAUGGAAGGAGUGUGAGGCUCUUGACUUGCGCUCGCAAGGGCAUCACAAGAUUACGCUGCAGAUGUUCACAGCGCAGAUGAAGGCAGGCCGCUGCAACUUCGAUGGCGUGGGCCGGGGCUGCGUGAUCUUCCUCGCACAGCGCAUUGACAAUGACUAUGACCUGCAGAUGGGCAAAGGCCUCCCCUGGAGCGGUUGGUUGGGGCUGAACAAUACACAAGAGAAGGUGGUGGCCCUAUCUAGCGCUGGCAGCACUGGCGGUGCGUCUGGGGUGAGCUUUAUGCGAUGCUCUGUUCAGGUGAGAAAUAGCACCGCCUUUAUGAUCCUCAGCGAUGAGCCACCCCCAUAUCGCGUGGAGAAUUGGUCAGACUCGAGGACCUUGGCGGUGCGCUUUCUAGGUGACGACUACUGCGAGAUCCUCCCGCCAUUGUCUUGGUUUGCCUUUGACUGGCCCACGCGUGCACAGCAUGAAAAGAAAGAGCGUUAUUUGAUUCUUCAGGACCUUCUCACUGAAAAGAAGGAGAUUUACCAGGCCCACGACUUGGGCCUGGGCCCGCCCCUGAAGUUGGACACCAACGCCGUGGAUGUCACCGGGCAGAACGCGGAGCUCACCGAGGAUGGCUUCAAGGAGAUCGUUCUCAAGGAGGAUCCCCGAGAGAUGGAGCACUUUGUCGCCCGGGUGGCGCAGGACCUUGGGACUGUUGCAUCCUCGUCCAGCACGCUGCCGGAGUUGACCAUGGGUGCCCUUUCGUUGCGAGAGAUGCGACAGCAAAUGAUCGAGCGAGGUUUGGUGGAGCCUCAGAAGCCGAGUCUCACGAAGCGCGGCCGGGAAAAGGCCAUGCUGUGCCACUACACCAUGACAACGUUUCUGAAGUUUUUGCUCCACACGGGAGGCUUCGCUGCGAAGGAGAGUCACCUUUCGGCCUUUGCGGCGGCGUCCAGUCGCUUGCCCAACUUGCUGCAACUGCUGGAGAAGCUUCCUGAAGAGGUUUGGGUGAAGAAGGAGCGGACGCCAGAGCAAGCAUUUCAGGACUUGCUGGCUGUGAGUGAUGUGGAACACACAGCAAAUGCGUUGCACUUGCUCGUCAGGAGGGUUUUGGAGGAGGACUUGGCUGUCCAACCCAAGUCAGUCUCCACCACGGAGGUUCACGCCUUGGCCAAGGAGAUGGCCAAUGGGCUUCGCAAUGGACAGUGGCCACAAGGAAAGCUUUGGCAGCAUUUCCUGAUGGAGGUCAAGCAGCACUGCCUGCCGUCGAGCAGGGCUGCGGCAGCGGACUCACGACAGGGAAGUGAGGAUGAAGCUCCAGAUGAGGAGGAAGCUGAACAACCGACACUUGCCACUGCGGUGUCCUUUCGAAGUGAUGGGGCGCUGGACGAGAUUGUCGGCAAGACAGAGCCACUGUCACAGGACGGCUUUUCAGUGGUGCACUCGCUCCAGUCGCAUGCAGCCAUGGCUGCAUUUUUGAAGCGGAUCUUGCUGGAUGAGCGGGGGGAGGUCAACGACCAAGCAGGCUUCGCGGAGUUCGUGCAAAGCUGCGUGGACGAUCCACCUUCCUUCACUAGCCUGCAGCAGGAGAUCCUCCGGGGUCCAAGCUGGGCAGUCUUCCGGAAGAUGCAUGGCAAGCUCUAUGUGGACCGCUUCUUUGAUGGAACCGCCCGAGUUUUCUCCGUGAGGGAUCAGCUCUUGUCGCAGGGCACUGACAAAGGCUCCUCCGUGCACUUUGAUUGUUGGGAUAUCGAUCUUCAGCUAGCGGGUGCUCAGAUUUGCGUCGUGUUCCAAACCGCGGCUCACAGCCUGGGUUGUGACCACGUGACUGGUUCAGAUGAGGAGAUUUUUGCCGUGACCGUGGAUCACAUCCAGCUGCGCAAGAAAUCAGCCGAGCGGAAGACCAAGUUCAUUGUGCAUCACUUUCAGAUUGACAACAUGCGUGAAGCAGACCGGUCGCGGCCAAUCAUCAUUUGCCCCGAGGACAGUGGCUACUACAGCGAUCGGCGCGAGACAUUGAAGAACAAGAAGAACCAAGAGGAUCCAGAGACGAUCCCGUUCCUCUAUUUUUGCGUCGAAGAUGUGCCCAGCGGAAUCCUUCAUUUCAAGGAGUUGGAGCUCCUGUUGCAGCCUGUCGUCAUGCGUUUGGACAUGGAGUUUUGGAUCGAGAUCGGCCAACAGCUCCUGCGCUGGGUCUCCUCCGGCAACUCGAACGCGGCUGCAGCGGUACAAGGCUUCUCCUCAGAGGAUCGCCAGAUUAUGGAGACUCAAAUCCGACACCUCCGAGAAGGAGGCAUCGAUGUUCCUUCUGGCAAGACUACGUUGCGACCAAUCUAUUUGGAGCAGUUCCGAUUAGGAGCCUUGAUCGCACAAGUGGAGUUCCUGAUGCCAAUGAAAAAAACUGCAAAAAUUCUCAAGCAGAGCAAGGCGGCCUCCGGUUCGGACUCCGCGACCACCUUGGAGGAUGCAGAGGACCAGUUCGACACACAAUGGCUCCAGUCCAUGUGGCUCUCCCGGGUCUUGGCUCGACUCACGUACCGCUCCCAUGGACUCAUGAAGACGGUGCUGACUGUGGCACAGAAGGGCUUGGUCUUCGUGAUCACCAGCGUGGGCAGUGGUGUGCUAUCGAGCAUUGGCCACGUGACGCCCAGAUUUGCGCUCCCUGAGACCGUCAUUCAGUCGGAGUUCACAGACUUGACUCCAUUCGCCAAUGGCCUCUUCCGAAACUACAUGAAGCAUGGCAUGUGGGAAUCCUACAAGGUCCUGGGCAGCAUGAACAUCUUGGGAGAUCCUAUCGGUUGGACCUUGUCAGUGGGAGGUGGUGUGAAGCAGUUCUUCCUGAAGACGGGCAGCGAGGUCCUCCAGGGCGACUUGAAGGGGGAAGGCGUGCUGAGCUUGGCCCAAGGAGUGGUUGGCGGCACUGCUGCUCACGUGGGCAAGUUCUUUGGAGCGCUAGGCGAUACCGUGGAUGCGCUGGCACAGACGGGUGACGCAGGUCAAAACUACUUGCCUGGCAGCGUGAAUCAUGUGGGUGAUGGCGUGAUCGUUGGCACACAGGUCUUUGGGCGCCAUGUGGUCUCUGGGAUGACUGGACUGGUCAAAGCACCGAUCCAUGGCUUUCGAGACAAAGGCUGGCGUGGCUUGGGGGAAGGCUUUUUGAAGGGAGUUCGUGGUGCUGUCGCCCAGCCGGUGAGUGGCCUCAUGCAUGGCGCCCAGCACAUCGCAGAUGGGGUGGAUGCAACAACCAGGCUUUGGGAUCACUGGGGACAGAUCUCUGUGCGGCGAAGCGCCCGGAGUCUCCAACAUGGCCGGCUCCUGCCGUUGGUGGGUGCCGAGUUUUCACCUCGUGUGACUGUUUGGGUGGAUAGCCUGGAGUUCCUGACGAUGGAAAGCUUUGUUGGAAGCACCUUUGCAGUUGAUCGCCAGCUGCGUGGUGCUACGUACCGAGUACAGCUUCGUGCAGGAGAUUGGAACAAGCCCUGCAAGCUCGGCCGCUUGGCGCCCAAUGGCGCCAUCCAAUUUGAUCAGGCCAAAUGGGUGCCGAUCCAAACACUACUGGAGGCAGAUUUGAACAUCACGGUGCAGGACUGCACUCUUCCAGGCCAUUUGGACUACGAUAUGCAGAUCGUUUACACUGCCAAGCUGCAUCGGAACUUCAUCCUGCAGCAGGUUGCACAGGUGCUUCGUGAACCGGAGGACCUGGCCGUUGUGGACGACUACACAUGCCGUUGGCGACCCAGCAGCUCGUGCCGCGUGCGCUUAGAUCCCACUUCAGAUUCAGCGCCUGCUGCUGAGCUUCUUUUGCGCUUCUGGCCUGCCUGGGAUCCGGUGCGCGUGCCGAAGACGCAGCAGUGGGUCCCAAAGCGGUUGAGCACCACAGCUGAGAAGAGGCCUCAUCCUGACCGUAAAGAAGGCUUGUUGAUGAAGAAGUCGAAAGGCCUUUUGCACCACUGGUCAGAGAAGUGGGUGGUGCUGGAGAACCACGAGUUCAAGUACUGGAGCGACCGGAAGGACUAUGAGCAGCAGGAGCCGCCCAAGGUGAUUGGAGAGAUCCAGUCAGCCGACACCUGGGACAAAGAUUUGAGACGGAUCAAAGGUGAAGGGCGUAAGCUGGACUACGCGCAAGUGCGCGACAGGCAGAGGAAUUUGCUGCCGCUGUGGGUCGCAAGAACGACGCAGUACCAACCUGAGCAGUUUCCUUUGCAGGUCUUGUGGUCCAAGGCCACAUUCAGGGUGUGCUACCGCUUGGCUGAUCCCAAAUGCAAGUCCCGCUUCGCUGCCGGGAGUGAACCCGAGUCCUAUUUCAUCCAGCUGAACCAGGAUGGAGAGGUCGAGGCACAGUGGCAGCCUGCUGACAGAGAACAGGAGCCUGUGAAGUCGUGGCUGCAAGCUGUGCUUCGACAUUCAAUCCUCGACUGAGAUGCUGCCGUUGGCAAUUGGCAACCAGCAGAGCGGUCUGCGGUGCAUUGCGGCUCGCCCAACGUGAGGGAUCAAAAUGGGAGGUCUUUUGAAUUCUUUUGAUGCGAGCUGCAGCCAUGAAUAAGCAUUAGAAUACUUUAGAAUCAGCUGGGGCUUCAUUAGGAAUAUGG